AUGAUUGCCGAGACGAUCUCCCUGGGAAUCUUAUCGCUGCCGUCAGCCGUGGCGGCGCUCGGCCUGGCACCAGCUGUCAUCCUCAUCGUCGGCCUCGGCAUCGUCGCCACCUAUACCGGCUACGUGAUCGGGCAGUUCAAGCUGCGCUAUCCUCAUGUCCAUAGCAUGGCGGACGCCGGCGAGGUCAUGCUCGGUCGCUUCGGGCGCGAGCUGCUCGGCACCGCACAGCUGCUCUUCCUGGUAUUUAUCAUGGGCAGCCAUAUCUUGACAUUCAUUGUCAUGAUGAACACCGUCACCGACCACGGCACCUGCUCGAUCGUCUUUGGGGUCGUAGGCCUGGUCUUGUCGUUUGUGUUGACGUUGCCGAGGACGUUGAAGAAGGUGUCGUGGAUGUCGAUAUCGUGUGCGUAUAACUAA